GUUAGGACCACCAGGACCAUUUCGUCGUGGAUAGUCUUGACCGUAUGUUCCGUGGUACCGCGGCGUCGUAAGAUAACGGCUCGAAUUCUUACAAAAUCUCAACCGCAGACAUUUGUGCGUCAUAAAUAAUUCGGAAGCAAUUGUCACAACAUGAACAUCGGCGAGAGAAUGAAACGAUGGGAAGGCAAAGUGGCCGUUGUAACGGGAGCCAGCGGAGCCAUCGGUGGAGCUAUCUCAAAAGAACUAGUCAAAGCGGGUAUGAUCGUUUGUGCCCUGGCCCGAAGGCGGGACAAAGUGGAAAAACUGCGUGCCAGUCUGUUUGACGUGGCCGGAAAUCUGAACUGCGUCGAAUGUGAUAUCACGGUGGAGGAAGAUGUCAAACACGCUUUCGGAUGGAUUGAGGGAACCUAUGGUGGAGUCGAUCUGCUGGUCAAUAACGCUGGAGUGAUCACCAAAUGUCUGUUGACGGAGAAAAAUAACACCAAAGAUUUGUACACCACCAUGGAAACUAACAUCAUCGGAUUGUGCCUUUGCACCCGAGAAGCAGUCAAAUCGAUGAAGCAACGGGAUGUUCACGGACAUAUAAUCAAUGUGAACAGUAUAUUCGGCCAUAAAGUGCACCAGGCAGUGCCCGGGACGAGACCACUGAAUGGAAUGUAUCCAGCGUCUAAGUUUGCCGUCACCGCGAUCACCGAGUGCAUCCGUCAAGAAUUAAUCUAUCUUGAUGCGCAAGUCAAAGUAUCGAGCAUCAGUCCCGGGCUGGUGGAAGGUGACAUCGUUGCCAAUCAUACCGCUGGCGAUAACGACCUCGUAAAGUACAUGCCAAAGUUGAAACCCGAGGAUGUGGCUGACGCCGUGUUAUACGCCAUAACCACGCCAGAUAAUGUUCAAAUCCACGAACUUGUCAUCAAACCGAUGGGAGAAUUUAUUUAAAAAUAAACCUCACCCGGUACAUCAUAAUGUGUCUGAAUAGGGCGAUACAAACAUUCAGAUUAUUCUAAAAAUGUAGGAAGUUUCAAAAUGAGAACAAGAAAAAACCAAAGUAUGCUUUCAAGCGCAAUCUUAUUUAUUUUAGAUCUUAUUUUUAUACAGCAAUAAAAAAUCACAUCAGUAAAAACCUG